AUGGCUGAAAAGAAUAAGAGCAAAGUUGUGUGCUCAGAUGAUGAUCACAGUGAUGCUGAAGAGAGCAAAAACACAUUGGAUGACUUAACUCUCCCUCUAGAGAAACUCAACCUUGGCCCAGAAAAGAAGAAGAAGAAGCUUCUCGUUAUUGGUCUUGGAGGCUUGCUUUGUCAUAGAGUAUACCGCACUGAAAAAAUCUACAUUCCAAAUUAUCGCCGUCCGGAUGCAGCAUAUGGAAACUACAAGGUUUACAACAGGCCUUACUGUGAAGAAUUUAUGAAGUUUUGUCUGGAAAGAUUUGAAGUGGGAAUAUGGUCUUCUGCAAGGGAAUGGUACUUGGACAAUGCCUUGGAUUGUGUGAUGAAAGGGUUGAGGAGGAAGUUGUUGUUUGCUUGGGAUCAAGUGGAGUGUACUGAUUCAGGGUUCAAAACCUUGGAGAACCAAAAGAAGCCCAUCUUUCUGAAAGAGUUGAAGAAAAUAUGGGAAAACGAGGGUUUCAAAGCCUCACUUCCAUCUUCCAUGGGGAAAUACUCUUCAUUGAACACCUUGUUAAUUGAUGAUAAGGCUUACAAGGCUCUACUAAAUCCUGCUCACACAGCCAUCUUUCCUCCUGAAUACAAGGUUGACCAAGUUGAUGACAAGGCUUUAGGUCCUAAUGGUGAGUUGAGGCUUUACUUGGAGGGACUUGCAGAUGCCGAUGAUGUUACUUCUUAUGUUAAAGAUCAUCCAUUUGGACAGCCAGCAAUAACAACUACUCACUCUGAUUGGGAUUUCUAUUCAAAGAUCCUUACUCAUUUCCAGAAAGAUUAAGCUAUUGCAGAAGCUCAUCAAUUAAUGUUAUGGAGCUGGAGACAUUAGAAUAAGAUUGUUAUCAGCGGUAUUUUCUAGUUUUAAAAAAUUGGCUUUCCAUUUGGCCAGCCUGCAAUAACAACUAGUCUUUCUGAACGGAAUUAGUAUUCAGAGAUUCUUGCUCUUUUUCAAAUGGUCUGUGCUCUAGCAAAAUUCUGAAGUUGA